AAAUAUUUCCGAUUAUCCUUCAAAAAAAAAAAAGAUUAUAAAAAAUUAUAAAUAUUUUUGCUUGGGGUCAUUCAGGUCAAUCUACAAUAGCUAAUAAACAAACAGACAAAAUUUAUUAAAUAUUUUGUGAACAAAAGAUGGAUCCUUUCAGUUUUUUAUGGAUAUUCGUUCUAGGAAUAGUUGUAGCCUUCGCUGGUGGUUUUAGUAUUGGAGCAAACGACGUUGCAAACAGUUUCUCAACAUCAGUCGGUUCGAAAUCACUUACAUUAAAACAAGCUUGCACUAUUGCAGUAUUUACCGAAUUUGGAGGUGCCUUCUUAUUCGGUCAAAGAACAACCGAAACUAUUCGAGGGAAAAUUAUAAAUGUCGAAUUAUUCUCAGAUAGACCCGAUUUACUUAUGUUGGGUAUGGUCUGUGCAUUAUUCGGUGCUGCAGCAUGGGUUAUUUUUGCUACCUCAAGAGGGUGGCCUGUGUCGACUACACAUUCAAUAAUUGGAGCAAUAAUGGGAGUUGGUAUUGCAGCUUUUGGCAUGAAAGCUGUUGAUUGGUCAUAUGAAUCUGGAGUCGCCAGUAUAAUCACAUCAUGGCUCAUUUCACCUUUAAUAGCUAGUGUAGUAGCUUCAGCCAUCUUUCUGGCAACAAAAUAUUUUGUUUUAAUGCAUCAAGAUACUUCAUUCCAACGCGGUUUAGUUGCCGUGCCGAUUUACUUUGGAAUAACGAUAGCUAUAAAUGUUCUUUUCCUUAUAACUAAUGGUGUAAACUCUUUAAAUCUUGAUAAAGUUCCAGCCGUAAUCAUUGGUCCUAUUGUUGUGGGUAUAACAUUAGUAACAUCAGCAUUUGCUUAUUUUUUUUAUGCACAGUGGUUAAGACGUAAAAUUCUUGGAAAAGAAAGUAAUCUAAAAUGGUAUCAUAUAUUUGUUAUUCCAUUCAUUGGACCUCGAUAUGAAGAUUCGGAUUCUAUUGAGAUGGGUGAACGAAAUCCUACUAAAGAUACAAUUGAUGAAAAUUCAUUGGAUUCAAUUCAAAAUGAAAAGAAAUCAUUUUUCAAAAGGUUUUUGUCAAAAUUUGGAGAUUUACUUCAACGUGGUGUUGAACAAGAAGUAGCUGAUUAUAAAGCACAUGAAACUCAAGAGAUGCACGAUAGCGCUGUGAGAUUUGAUAAGGAUACGGAAAAAUUAUAUUCUUUUCUUCAAAUUAUAACCGGAGCUUUCGCUUCAUUCGCUCAUGGAUCAAAUGAUGUAUCCAAUGCUAUUGGUCCAUUAGCUACGAUAUAUCUCAUUUACACAACUGGUGAAGUAGAUCCAUCAGGUUUAUCCUCUGUACCACUUUGGCUUAUGGCGUUGGGUGGAGCUGCUAUCGAUGCUGGACUAUUGUUUUAUGGUUACCAUGUAAUGAGAUCACUUGGUAAUCAAAUUACUUAUCAUAGUCCAUCUCGUGGUUUCUCUAUGGAACUGGGGACGUCAUUAACGGUUUUAACAGCCUCAAAAGUUGGAUUUCCUAUUUCAACAACCCACUGUAUUACAGGAGCAACUGCAGGUGUGGGUUUAUGUAAUGGAAAAUGGAAAGCUCUCAACUGGAGGCUCUUAGCAUGGUGUUUCUUUAGUUGGGCAUUAACCUUGCCGGCUGCUGCAAUUGUUUCCGGUAGUUUAUACGCUUUUGCAAUACAUUCACCACGAAUAUAACAAAAUAAAUAUGACGACGAGUCGCUGGUUAACUCGUGCUAUGAGAUAUCAAUAUUUAAUCAGAACCGUUAAUACAUUGGUUGUCUCCUGCUGAGAAAUUAGAAUACAUUAUAGAUCCCAAAAAAAAGAGUUAAUAUUAACAGAUAUACUAUCCAAUAACCCAAUCGAUAUCUGUUGAUAAUAAUAUAUCAACAUAAAAUAAUCCAAAAAAGAAGUUAAGAUAAACUCACACACACAUUAAUUUAAUUUGGGUAAUUGGAUGAUGUAAAUUUUAUUGUAUUUCUAUGGUUUUUUUUUCUUUAACAA